CGUGUGUGUCAACCCCUACCACUAUGAGCGUGUGGUGUCCCCUGGGAUUGUGGGAUUCAGUUUGCCAAACACAGGCAGGCUGAUAAAAGAAGAGCACCUACAUAACUGCAUCCAGAUGGCGGGUCCGUCAAGUAUGACCUUACAGCAAGACCAUCAUCCUCCAGAUCACUACAGCCCACAGCCUCUGAGACUGAUGUCCCCAGAGCCGUCCCAGCGGACCACUUCCUCGGUCACACUCUACCCCAGUCUGCCCCUCUCUCCACCCUCAAGUGCAUCCAGGUUGUCAAUGCAGGCGGAACACCCUGAGGCACUGUUGCAGAUCGCCUCACCAGCAGGACGGGCCUUGACCUCCAGCUCUCCACCUUCCACCCCAACACAUAGUCAUGCACCCACACACAGCCAGCCUUCGUCCCAGCAGCCCUCCAUCAGCCAGAGUGAAUACAGCACCUCCAAGCACACACAGACACAGGGAUCUUACCACACAACAACCUGGACGGGGACCAGCACAGCCUCCUAUACUCCUGCUGGACCACAGCAGAAUGGGCGAAGUCAUCAGCAAGCCCCUCAUACCAGCCACUUCUGGUCUCAGCAUCACACACCAGCCUCAUACCCUCAACCAGUCUCCAACCAUCCAGGCCCAGAGUUCUGGUGCUCAAUCUCUUACUUCGAGAUGGACGUGCAGGUCGGGGAGAUGUUUAAGGUUCUAGCCAAUUGUCCUGUGGUUACAGUGGAUGGAUAUGUGGACCCUUCGGGUGGGGACCGCUUUUGUUUGGGUCAGCUUAGCAAUGUUCACAGAACUGAUGCCAGCGAGAGGGCACGGCUUCACAUUGGUAAAGGUGUUCAGCUGGAGUGCCGUGGGGAGGGGGACGUGUGGAUGCGUUGCCUCAGUGACCAUGCUGUAUUCGUGCAAAGUUACUACUUGGACAGAGAGGCAGGGAGAGCGCCAGGGGAUGCCGUUCACAAGAUCUACCCAGGAGCCCUCAUUAAGGUCUUUGAUCUUCGUCAGUGUCACAGGCAGAUGCAGCAGCAAGCGGCGACUGCACAGGCAGCUGUGGCUGCGCAGGCUGCAGCAGUGGCUGGGAACAUCCCGGGGCCUGGCAGUGUUGGAGGCAUCGCUCCAGCCAUCAGUCUGUCUGCAGCAGCUGGGAUAGGUGUUGAUGACCUGCGGCGUUUGUGUAUCCUGCGGCUUAGUUUUGUAAAGGGCUGGGGACCGGACUACCCUCGACAGACCAUCAAACAGACACCGUGCUGGGUGGAAGUUCAUCUACACCGUGCCCUGCAGCUGCUAGACGAGGUCCUGCACACCAUGCCCCUCGCUGACCCCGGACCUGCCAACUGACCCACAGACUGCAAAAUAUUCAAGCCCUGUCACAAAAACAGCGAGGAUGACAGACGGAGAGAAAGAGAGAGACACACACACCUAUGCAGGCAAACAGUGACUCAUAGUACCACAUACACACACAAGCCUUCACACACACAAUCUUUCCACAGCCUUGGCCAGCAAUGUGCCUCUGAACUGACCAGUGUUUAGUCCACUCUCGGGUGCUGUUGACUUGGUUGUCACGGUAACACAGACCAAAGGCCCUACUGAUGAGUUCACACUAAUGGAGGUCCAAAAGAGGUGAAAGUAUGUUGGUUAAGAGGGAGAGAAAGAUCCAUAUAGCUAAAAAUAUAACCCAGUUAAUAUGCUUAAUCCUCAGAGACCCAAGCAUUGAGAUUAAUUAUAUGUUUUUCAUCCUUUAGGAAGCCAUUAGUUAUAAAUACCAUUUAAUUUAGCAUAAUUUACAUUGGGGUGUAAUUUUAAAACAAAGUGUUGCAAAAAUGGAAUGCUGGGCUUUUAGCGUUGCAAUAAUUCACUACUAUUUUUCAAAACGCAUAGUGAAAGUUUUGAAUUGACGACAAUCUAGCACACAUGUUUUUGAAAAAUAAUGUAUUUUAACCAGUGAGGUUAAGAAGUUAAACAAUUUACUGUAAUAUU